AUCCAUCCCUGGGAAUAAUUCAGGGAACCACACACGGAGCUGGCUCCUUGAGAAAUCAAUUAAUAAGGGAUUUAAGUCUGAUAUUCUGAUAUGUUGAUGAUAUUUAGCUUUUCACGGUGGCUCCACUUAUGUGGUAAGGAAACGUGGCUCAUUUAAAGGACUGGAAUUGCUACAAGAAGCAGCAGAUUACAUCACCAAGCUAAGACAACUUUGACCAUGAAGGUAGGAGUAAUUGAGACCCAUCACUCCCAUCCAAUUAUUCCCAGCGUGGUGGUGCAAGACACCAGUGAGGAUCCUGGACUGAUAGAGAAAGGGGAAAACAGAUUUGCCAGGCAAUGGUAUCUACCUGGUGCAUUUGCACAAUACAAUAUUAACAACAACAGUAAUAAAGAUGAAGAGAAAAAGAAGAAAAAAGAAAAGAAGAGCAAGUCAGAAAAUAAAAAGGAUGGAGAAAGACAAAAGAACAAGGAAAAAAAGGAAAAACACAAAAAUAAAGACAAGAAGAAAGGAAAGGAGGAAGAGAAGAAGAAAGAUAUUUUCAUCAUUGAUCCAGCAGGAAAUAUGUAUUACAACUGGUUGUUCUGCAUCACAAUGCCUGUCAUGUACAACUGGACUAUGAUUAUUGCUAGAGCCUGUUUUGAUGAGCUUCAGAAUGACUACUUAGCUGUAUGGUUUAUUGUUGAUUAUGUUUCUGAUGUCAUCUAUAUUGCUGACAUGUUUGUACGGACAAGAACAGGUUACCUGGAACAAGGUCUUCUAGUGAAAGAAGAACAAAAGCUUAAAGAGAAAUAUAAGAGCUCCCUACAAUUCAAAUUAGAUUUUCUGUCAAUCAUACCAACUGACCUCUUAUACUUUAAGUUAGGACUGAAUUACCCGGAAUUGAGAAUAAACCGACUGCUCCGAGUAGCUCGGAUGUUUGAAUUUUUCCAGCGAACAGAAACAAGAACAAACUACCCAAAUAUCUUCAGAAUCUCUAACCUUGUCAUGUACAUUGUGAUUAUUAUUCACUGGAAUGCCUGUGUGUAUUACUCGAUCUCAAAAGCCAUUGGAUUUGGGGCUGACACGUGGGUGUACCCCAACACCUCCCAUCCUGAGUUUGCCCGUCUGACCAGAAAGUACGUCUAUAGCCUCUACUGGUCCACUCUGACCCUGACUACUAUUGGUGAAACACCUCCUCCUGUACGAGAUUCUGAGUAUUUCUUUGUGGUUGUUGACUUCUUGGUUGGAGUGUUGAUUUUUGCUACCAUCGUUGGUAACGUCGGCUCUAUGAUCUCCAACAUGAAUGCUGCCAGGGCAGAGUUUCAAGCCAAGAUUGAUGCUAUCAAGCAGUACAUGCACUUUCGGAAUGUAAGUAAAGACAUGGAAAAAAGAGUUAUAAAGUGGUUUGACUAUCUCUGGACAAACAAAAAGGCUGUGGAUGAAAGGGAAGUCUUGAAGUAUCUGCCAGACAAACUAAGAGCAGAGAUUGCAAUCAACGUUCACCUGGAAACAUUAAAAAAAGUUCGGAUUUUUGCAGACUGUGAAGCUGGUCUGUUGGUUGAACUUGUUUUGAAACUCCAGCCACAAGUGUACAGUCCUGGAGACUAUAUUUGCAGAAAAGGAGAUAUUGGACGAGAAAUGUACAUUAUCAAAGAAGGCAAACUCGCAGUAGUCGCUGAUGAUGGAGUGACACAAUUUGUGGUCCUAAGUGAUGGCAGCUAUUUUGGAGAAAUCAGCAUUCUUAAUAUCAAAGGUAGCAAAGCUGGCAAUCGAAGAACGGCCAAUAUUAGAAGUAUUGGAUACUCAGACCUGUUCUGUCUGUCUAAAGAUGAUCUCAUGGAGGCUUUAACAGAGUAUCCUGAUGCAAAGGCAAUGCUGGAAGAGAAAGGUAAACAAAUCCUCAUGAAAGAUGGAUUGCUGGAUAUUGAAGUUGCAAAUUUAGGAAGUGAUCCUAAAGACCUGGAAGAGAAGGUUGCUUAUAUGGAAGGAUCAAUGGACAGGUUACAAACAAAGUUUGCCAGGUUGUUAGCUGAGUAUGAUGCUGCACAACAGAAACUGAAAAAAAGACUUACACAGAUCGAGAAAAUAUUGAAGCCAGUUAUGGAGCAAGAAUUCUUAGACUUUGAAGAAGCAGAUCCACCCACAGAUAAACCUGGAGUGACAAAAACAGAAUAAAAACCAAGUGGUUGGCAACGGGACUGAAGGCCCAGUCUUUCAUGGGGCUGCACACAUUCUUCUCCAAUCUUGUAUGACCCAAUGAUUACUUACUUAUGAAAAAUUAUCUGUUGAGGUAUAUCACUGAUUACCUAAAAACAACACAUAUUUGGCAGGUUUAGGAAAGAAAAAGAAGAAUCAAGAAUGAGGAUUGGACAUAAAAUCUUAUCUUACUCUUUAUAUUACACCGUUGUACAUCUAAUGCAUUUUACUUGUGUAUGAGUACUGCAGGUUUUCCUGACUAUUUUAAAAUCAUUUCUUCAUGUCUUCUUAUGGAAAGAUGAAAACAUUUGGUAAUUGUAUUAAUUAUUUGAAGUGAAUAUAGGCAUGAAUCAUUAUAAUAAUUUGUGUAUAAACAAACACAUCUUAAUAUCUGCUGAUUAAAGUACAAUUAAUUAAAUGUGGGAUAUUAUUACAU